AUGAAAUCUGCAUCGACUGCCGGUCUCGUGGCUAUUGUUUGGCUUAUACAGCAGGCUGUUGCUACAAGCUGGGGCGAUUCCCCGACCUUUUCCAGCGUCUCAAACACCAACAACAGCUGCACGACUGAUCAGCAGAGUGGGUUCGAUUGGUCUGGUCUGCCAACAGGUUCAUUCAACAAUUAUGGGGGUUUCGGUUUCAGCGGAUUUUCCUGCCAGGAUUCCUUUCAACCUAAUGCAAAGAAACGAUCGCUCCGUAUACGCGAUGAUUUCCAGUCUAAAUGUAUCCAAGGCAAAGUCAGCACAUCGUCGAACAGUGGUCCCACCUUCUCUUGCUCACAAGAUGACCAAUUCUCGAUCACACACAUGCAAGUUUCGGUCUCGUUUGACACCGAUCUGGACUUUAUCUUUUCCAUGCCCGAUGGGUCUACUUGCAAACACACCGCAUCUUGCAGUGCAAGCGGUACUACUGUGGAAAACACGCAGUGCGGUGGAGCCAAAUCCGUGUCCUUUCAGAUGCCGCCUAGUGGCAGCAGCAAUGGUUGCGACAUCGGAAUUCACUCCAUUGGCUUCGACUGCAACGACUCGUCGUCAUCUUCGUCAUCUUCCUCGACAACCACAGCGCCAGCCAGUUCGACCACGAGCGCAUCAGUCGUCACAACGACAACUCCGGUGGUGACGUCGACUUCUCUAGUUAGAACCACCACAACCACGCCUGGAGUCGAUUCAACGACUACUCCGCAGGUUAUUCCGGUGACAAGCAGCUCAACCACGACAACAUCUUCCAGUGAGCAGGCUUCCACAAGCACCACUUCUCCUCUAGGCUCAACUACAACCACGCCUGAUCAAACUCCAAGCACUACCACUACCUCUCCUGUCGGACAGUCUUCGACUUCUUCGACUACAGCUACGACCACACCUCAGGAGACUCCAGAUACAACGACAACUACGCCUUCUAUUGAGCAAACUACAAGCUCUUCAACAACAUCCAGCCAACAGACUACCACCACCUCAGCCAUUGUUACUACUACAGCGGCUGACACAACGCCCGGAACAAGCUCGACCGAGACCACGACUGACUUGAUCACGACAGAAAUUGUGGUGACGACGCUCACCACAUGUCCCAUAACCAAUACUCGCACGAGUGGUACCGAGACUGUGACUGAGACCACGAAUACUAUCUCAACGAUCACAAUCACGUCAACCUCCACGGUCUGCACCCGUUGCACUAGGCCUCCACCCUCCACCCUAUCUACGGUUACACCUCCUGCUACCACGGAGACAACUUCAGCAUCCCCAUCUACAUCGCCACCUUCAUCACCUCCAACAUCCUCGUCCACAGAGACUCAACCUCAAAGCCCGCCACCCUCGUCACCUGCUUCGCCUCCACCGUCUCAGACGACGCCGCCGGCAUCACAGUCUUCGCCUCCGUCUUCACCGCCUCCAGCACAGUCGACGCCGCCGUCACAGUCUUCAUCUCCGCCUUCCUCAUCUCCGGCGUCUUCGCCACCAGCCCCGCCUCCAGCACAGCCGACGUCUCCUUGUCCCUCUGUGCUCCCCUCGUGCUUGAACACAUGGCUUUCGCUCGUGCCGAAAUGUGCCUCAAACUCUGACACAACGUGCUUCUGCCCUUCCCAACAGUUCAUCAGUUCUGUCCAGGAAUGUGUCUCUGCUUGGGGGUCGUCAGAUGAUGAGGUCACAGCGGCGUUGUCUUAUCUAGCAGGCAUCUGCGCAGAUUUUGUUCCCCAAAAUCCGGGAAUCUGUACCGGUGUGCCAAGGACUAUCACUCUUGUGCCUACGCCUGCCCCCGCUGGGUCGGUGACAGAAACAGUAGGGACGCAGGUGCAGACAGUGACCAACACCGGUACAGUGACCGCUACGGUUACCAAUGGCAACGGCCGCGGACCAAGACCACCUCUGUCUGGCUCUGUCUCCGGGGCUAGCAACGGCGUCUCUGCCCCAUCUCCAACUCCACCGGUGGCCGUCCCUGUCACAACCGUUACGUUUACAGUCACAGCUUCAGGAAGCGCGAUUACAAGCGCGGUUACGGUACCGCAGGUUACCUUUGUCACUGUUCAACCUACCAGCCCUGCUACUUCCCCUGCAGCCGGAAAUAGUGGUAACGGUAAUGGUGGAGGUCCAGGGGAAGUCGGGUUGGUCCCCAUGCCCACUACUCCUCCUGCGGGUGGCUCUGGGUCUUAUGGAUCUGGAUUUGGCGACGGAUCGGGCUCGGGCUCUGGCAGUGGAUCUCUGUCUUCAGAUGGAGGAGCUGAGGCAGCAGCCACGACUUUCGUUCCUGGGCCGACAGGAUCAAGCACAGAUGCGGGAGUGCCCUCGAUCACACCUGAUAUCUUCACCGGCGCAGCAACCAAGCAGAGCGUGGCGUGGGGCGUCCUUGCCGGUAUAUUGGGUCUCCUUGCGUUCGUGGUGUGA